AGACAGAAAGCCGGAUUUUAAGCAAGAAUGCAAGAUAACAGAAUAACGUAAACGUGUGGAGAUGCCUUGGGGCAUACAUUUUUAGUGAAUGUGAUCUGGUUGUAGUGUGUGAUCGUGCAUCAGUGAGUUGUCUGUACAGUAUAAACGAGCGAUUUUACGGAAAAGUGUAUUGUACUGGAACUAGAAUUUUUGAGAUUUGAAAAAGUUUUACAAAUUUAUAUUUGCAGCUGACACAAUUUGUGGGUUGUCAAUUAUUUUAAGUGUUUUCAGAUUUAAUAAUUGAUGUUUCUAUCUGUUUUCAAAGGGGGUUCCAACUAAUCAGUUGUAUUAUUUUCUCGCUGUGAUAACCGUGUUGGACCUUAUUUUAUGAUCUGAUUUUUUUAAUGUACACUUACGGAUUGCAUGACUUUGAGUAAAAGGCGUGGCGGCUAGCACUAUGGAAUUUAAAGGGUAUUUUGGUAUGUCUAGCACUUCGCGUGAGGAAAUCGAGUCGUUCAGCAUGUCGAACGGGAACGAUCGGAAUGGCGGCGGCGACCGUAACUACAACAACACGGUGGCCACGGGCGCCGCCAGCGUCGCCGAUUCCGAUUAUGCCGCGGAUCCCGCGUCAUCCACCUUCUUCGCCGCCGAUCUGAAGAAGCACGGCGACCUGAAGAACAUGCUGGAGAGCAACAAGGACCAGCUGCGGCUGGAGGCGAUGAAGCGCAUCAUCGGGAUGGUGGCCAAAGGGAAAGACGCCUCCGAUCUCUUCCCCGCCGUCGUCAAGAACGUCGUGUCCAAAAACAUCGAAAUCAAGAAGCUGGUGUACGCCUAUCUGGUGCGCUACGCGGAGGAGCAGCAGGAUCUGGCGCUGCUGUCCAUCAGCACCUUCCAGCGGGCGCUGAAAGAUCCCAACCAACUCAUCCGGGCCAAUGCACUACGCGUGCUGUCCAGUAUUCGGGUGCCCGUCAUCGUGCCCAUCAUGAUGCUGGCCAUUAAGGAUUCCACCAGCGAUAUGUCGCCGUAUGUGCGCAAGACCGCUGCCCUGGCCAUUCCCAAGCUGUACAGUCUGGACGAUGAGCAGCGCGACCAGUUGGUGGAAGUCAUCGAGAAGCUGUUGGGCGACCGCACCACGCUGGUGAUCGGCAGUGCGGUGAUGGCCUUCGAGGAGGUCUGUCCGGAGCGGAUUGACUUGAUCCACAAGAACUAUCGCCGGCUGUGCCAGGUGCUCAUUGAUCUGGAAGAAUGGGGCCAAGUGACGGUCCUCAACAUGUUGACGCGUUACGCGCGGAUGCAGUUUGCCGAUCCGAAUGAGAAAGAGGCAGAAGCCGCAGAAGGAAGCGACCAUGAAAAUUUCUACGAUGAUGACGACGAAGAAGCGUCCAAGCCGAAGCCAAAUAAAAUGAGUAUGGAUGCUGAUCAUCGGCUUUUAUUGCGGAGUGCUAAACCGUUACUGCAAAGUCGGAACGGCGCCGUGGUGAUGGCUGUCGUGCAGUUAUAUCACCAUGCUGCUCCUAAGACGGAAAUUGCUCUGACAGUGAAACCACUGAUCCGCCUUCUUCGAUCGCAUCGUGAAAUCCAGUCUGUCGUCUUGAGCAACAUUGCCACGUUGGCGGCGAAGCCAAACCGGCGAUCGAUAUUUGUCCCCCAUUUGAAAACGUUUUUCGUACGUUCCAAUGAUCCUACGCAUAUCAAGCUGCAGAAGCUGGAGAUUCUGACAAGUCUGGCUUCCGAGGGGACUAUUUCUAUUAUUCUACGGGAAUUUCAGGCUUAUAUUGCCAGUUCGGACCGGGAAUUGAUUGCCAGUACGAUCCAAGCCAUUGGGCGAUGUGCGAUCACCAUCAGCGAAGUGACGGAAACCUGCUUGAAUGGACUGGUUAAUUUAUUGUCCAAUCGUGAUGAUCAUGUGGUGGCAGAGAGUGUCUGUGUUAUCCGGAAGCUGUUACAGCUGCAACCGACAGCUCACCAGGAGAUCAUACAUCAUCUUUCUAAACUUGUGGACAAAAUUACCGUUCCGAUGGCGAAAGCUAGUAUUCUGUGGCUGAUUGGCGAGUACUGCGAUCAAGUACCGAAAAUUGGGCCGGAUGUCCUGCGACAGGCUGUUAAAUCUUUCUCUAAGGAGGAAAAUAUUGUGAAGUUACAGAUAAUUAAUUUGGCAGCGAAACUGUUUACAGUGAAUCCCCAACAGACGUCGCUUCUCGUGGUGUAUGUUUUCAACUUGGCACGAUACGACGUUAACUACGAUAUCCGUGAUCGUGCACGGUUUUUACGCGCAUUGAUUUUACCCAACAAUAUGGGUGGAGGAGAUGACGGAACUGCUGUGAAUGCUUUUGACGGUCUGGCUCGACAGAUCCUUAUGGCAACGAAGCCGCCACCGGUCAUGGAGUCAAAAUUCACUGAACGUGCUGAGCUUCAACUGGGAACAUUAUCGCAUUACUUGAAUCUGCGCGCAGCGGGCUAUCAAGAUUUGCCUACCUUUCCGGAAGUUCCACCACCGUCAUCGGUCAGAGAUGUCGAAAUGCCGGUUGACUUAGCUAAGAAAACUCCCAGUAAGGUCAAACCAAAAAGUCCAGUCAAGACUACGGAAAAGUUUUACUCUGAUGAAGAAUCAGAAGAAGCGGAGGAAGACGACGAAGAGGAAUCAGACGACGAAAGUGAUGACGAAGAGGAAUCUUCCGACGAAGAGGGUACAUCUGACGGAGAGGAGUCUGAAGAAGACAAAUCGGCAAAUAGACCGGAGCCAAAAUCAGCCCAGAAAGUGCAAAACCAUGUUGCCACCAAUGCCCAGCUAAUAUCUACGACGGAGAAGAGCCGCGUAGAGACAUCAUCCGAUAGUGAAGACGAUUCCGAUGAUGAGGAAAGUGAGGAAUCAAGUUCGGAGGAGGAGGAGGAAGAGAAGCCCACGCCAAAGCCAAAACCUUCACCUAAAAAGCAAGUUUCUCUUGCUACUAUUUCUCCCGAAGCGCGUUCCGAUGGAAAAGAAAAGGUUCAGCCGAAACCGACUGCUAUUCAGCCAUCUGUCCCGUCACCACCGGAAAAGCCUAAAACUAGCGGAAUGUUAUUGGACUUCGACGAUAUUUUAACUGGACCGACUUCGACGAUUCCGUUCACCACACCUUUGCUUCCUAUGGGAUCAUCCUCCCCAUCAGCCGCCAAGUCGCCCAGUGGUUUCGCUGUUCUACCGGCCGUGCUUGUUCCUAAUCGUUCCAGUGAAUUGUUGUCCCCGGUAGUAACCGGUGGUUUUGGGAUCACUUAUAAAUUCCCUCGCAGGACAUUCCUUUAUUCCGCGAAAAUGGUUACGGUGGAAUUGACUUUCACGAAUACUUCUUCAGCUCCUGUGACCGACAUUAAAAUUGUCCGCAAGAAACUGCCAGCUCGCGUGGAAAUUCAAGAGUUCCAUGAGAUUGCCAGUUUGGAACCAAAUCAGAUACUCCAUGCCAGUAUUGGAAUAGACUUCUGUGACACUACGCAGAAUAUCGGGCUGGUUAUUGGUUACAAUGGCAAGGAGAUGGACACCACGCUACGACCGUCGCUUGGUGAAAUGGUGUGUCCGAUUGCUAUGACCAAAGCGCAAUUUGACACUGCUAAAGGGAAUUUGUCAGGCUUGAACGAGAAUUUUGCCAGUGUGGAGUUGUCCAGUGGUCUGCAGAAUAAAAAUGCCAUCACCAACCUGGUUUUGGACACUGCAAACGUGGGUCCUCUACCAUCGAAUGACGGAAGUGCAGAGACGUUACUCUUCGUUGGACAAACCAUCUCGUCCGCCUCGCCGCUCCUUAUUUCGGUGGUAACAAAGUUCCCCAAGUGCACAAUUACAGUGAACUGCGAGAAGGUGAUUGUGGGGUCCAUGAUGCUGAAAGAAAUUAAGGAUGCUGUUAAUCGAAUGCAGUCUCGGUGAUUUACGUACUCGUAUGUUGAUUUUUUUAUCAGUAAAUCUUGCAAUCGUUGUGAUUUUAUUUUCAUUCUUUUUUGACUAAGUAAUUUGAGACAGAUAAUUUAUUUCAAUUUAUUUCCUUGACAUUCAGUUAAGCGGUGUUGUAUUUCUUUUAAUAGUAGGAAUUUACGAGAGAACUGGUAAUCAAACGAUUAUCUUUCACCAGUAACUAUAAAAAUUAAAAAUGCCUGUUAUGA